UGAGAAUGGAGCUCCCUUGGAAGAGAGCUCGAGGAAUACAAAGCGAAGCGUAUGAAUCUUGAGGGAAGCCGGUAUUUGAGAAGAGGAUGAAGGAUAUUUUCCAUCCGUUUACAACAACACCCGUUCAAGUUCAUUAUUUUAAUGUUUUAAAAGAAAGCUCUAAAUUGAGCAGUGUUGAACCCUUUGGCACGCCGUACCGACUCGUAAGAGUGACGUUGGUGACGCCGGAGAUAGGCGACGUUAGCGGGUACCUCAGUGAUGAAGGCAUUGCUAAAUUGAAAGAAUCUGCUGAGAACAUGUCACAUAAGGAUAUUAUUCGCAUUGCACUUGAUACUGAUCUCAGACAGAUAGGAAGAAAAAUUCUGCCACCUGACAUCAAUAGUGGAAGAGUUGAAAAGCUGGAGGGUCAAUGUGUUCUCCAGCUGCAGAAGCUGAGGAAUAUCUCGGCACCAAAAGACACAGAGUCCCAGGGAGGUCUACGAAUGCUGCGCCUUCAAAUGACAGAUGGCCAUACCACCUGUUCUGGAUUGGAGUUUAAACACCUCACAAAAAUCAGCCUUAAUACACCCCCUGGAACAAAAAUUAAGAUCCUAGGUACAGUCCUGGUUAGGAAUGGGUUUUUGCUGCUUGAUGACUCAAAAAUGUUGAUUCUUGGUGGAGAGGUUGAACACAUGGUGGAGAAAUGGGAACUGCAACGGAGUCUGGCCAAACACAGCAGAAACAACGUCGGAGCAGAAGGUGGGCCACCUCCUUUUUUGGCAUUUGGUCAGAAGAAUCCAAAGAAGGAUGAAAUGGACAGCGAAACACUUGACCAGAAGAAAACACUUCAGAGUAUAGUCAAACCUACUGAUGAGAAUGACGAGUUUGCAAAACAUCGGACAGCAGCUAUUGCCGAAGUGGCCAAGGGGAAAGAAGGUCCCCGUGUAUUUGGUGGAGGUGGAAAUGCAGGAAGUAAUUUAUCCACCACAAAUUUAAGGAACCGUGACAAGCAUAGACGAGAAGACAGGCUUGAAAGACAUGAAAACAGACUGGAUGGAAACUAUCGAGUGCUGGUGGAUGAGAGUGCCCUGAGAGACAUCAUAGAUAUGGGCUUUAACAAAGAGGCUGCCAGGCAAGCCUUAAUGAAUAAUAACAACAAUCUUGAGGUGGCACUAAACAGUCUCCUGACAGGAUCUUCUGGCAGCAGAGACAACCCUUUGGUCACGGACAAGCCUCAGCCCAGAGGAAGAGGAAGGGGUCGAGGCCGAUUCAGAAAUGACGGUGACGAGGAGUCGGGAGGAAGGCCCUCUGGACCAAGUACUCUUUUUGACUUCCUGGAAUCCAAGAUGGGUGUUUUUUCCAUUGAUGAGUCAAAAAAACAGACUCCUCAGAAACAUGAGAAUAAAGAUAAUUGGCACGGCUCAGACUAUCACCCCAAAGAAGCCUCUCACACCAAGUUCUCCUCUCAUAAUGAUCAUAGACAAAAAAAGAACGACAGGCCACCCCGUUUCCACAGGGACACAGACUUUCCCAAACCAGGCCAGGAGCCAUUCUCAAACAGUAUAAACCUCCAAACCUCAUCAGUUCAGCAGUGGAAGGGCAAGGAUGGGUUGUCACAAGGACCACCAGACACGCAACCGAAUCACAAGAAAGAGACUGAUGAUGAGCAUAUUAUUGCAUCUUCCUUUGCAUCUUUUACUCGUUCCAAGGAAACUCAACAACCGACAGAGUCAUUUGGAUCAGCUCCACAGUGGUCACGGAAUGGCAAUAGUGGAAACAUGGUUGGAUCAUUUCUCAGGAGAGGGACAAAGGACAAUAGAUCGUCGUCUAAACUGGUGAAUCCUUCAGGAAAUGACAUAAUCCCAAACCCCAACCCAAACAACUUCAAACGAAAGGGCAAACCUGACCGAGCCAACUACUUUGGGCGUCAAAUGGAUAGUAUUCAACCAUACCCAAGGGGAGAAAAUUUCAGAACGUCAUGUGAAGUAGAAACGUUACAGGAUUCACAAUUCUUGACAGUCUGUCCAUCUAAUUACCAAAAUGGAGAUGUGGUGCCGAUAAGAACUGGGCCAAUCAAGUCAACAAAUACACCUGGUCCCACUCCUAGUGAACAAACUCCCAAGAGGAACAGUCAUAAUAAUCCUGGUCCCAAAAGAAAGUUUGGGCAAGGUAAAGGUCAAGGUCCUCGAGGAACAGUGAAACCUCCUAAUGUAGGUCAGACAUGGAAACCUGGAGAUCAGUGCCUUGCUCUAUAUUGGGAAGACACAAAGUUCUAUCAUGCCACAAUAGAUGCCGUGCAUCCGUCAGGCUUGACAGCUGUAGUUGUGUUUAGUGAUUAUGGAAACUGCGAAGAGGUCCUCCUUCAUAACCUCAAGCCUCUUUCUGCUGACAUCAUGGUAAGGAGUAAUGGCUUCAUUCUUGGUGAGUGGCCAUUCAGCCCAUGUCGGUGCAGGACUCAUUUCACUGUGGGAGGAAGAAGAUGGUUACUAUGACAGUUCCCUAGAAUUUCGUCGUGGUGGUGAUGGACAGCCGAGGCGCACAAGACCAACACAACAAUAUUACCAGCCACCGAGGGCACGAGAUUGAUGUCAACGUUUACUCUGGCAGAUGAACUUAUAUAAAAUUGCAGGGUCUUCUCCUUAGUGAUAAUAUAUUCUGUAAAUGUCUGUGUUUAUAGACUCUUUGAACUACACUAUUACAGUGUUCUGAAUUAAGGAAGGAAUUUUUCAUCCUCGUAAUUAUAGUUAAUAUUUUUUUAACUUUGUGUUAAUGUGUAUAAUACACAUUAAAAGAGGUUAAAAAGGCCCAAAAUCAACUUAGUGUAUUAAAUGAAAACCCCAACUGUUUAAAUUUUCUUCUCUAGAAUGAAGCACUGAGUACGCAAUAUAUUCCAUACUUAGUCAAUGCAAUUGGGCAUAGAUAAGAUGCGUUUUGUGGUAAUUAACUUCAACAAAUAAUUCUCUCAACUAGUUAGUGUACUUUUUCAUUAAUUUUUUUCUGUCUUCAUCAAUCAUGAGUGUUUCCUAAACUCAACGUCAUGGAGGACAUUGUAAAGGGCUUACAAGGCAAAAACCGACUGAGCACUUGAUUUUGUUCAGCUCACUUAUUGUAAAUGAUGUGAAGGUUUCUUAAAAGGAUGUAUUGAAAUAAAACCCAAUGUAUCCUGUA